AUGAAGAAUGAUUUUCAGAUGUUAAGUAUUAAGAAAAGCUGGAGAUAUUUUUCUACUGCUCAUGCCAAAGAGUUUAAUGAACUUGGUGACCUAAAAACUAUCGAUUUGCGUGAAGAAUCAAAUGAAGAAAUUCUUCUUUUCGAAAGGAAUCUAACAAGUUUAAUGAGUUGCUUUUGGAUUAUUCUGGUUGCAACUGGAAAUCUCAUGAAUUACUAA